AUGGCGGGAUUCGCUACCGUGCCGCCCCGCGAGGCGAAGACGCUCCUCGAUGCCUCCCACACCUUCCUCGACGUCAGGUUGCUUCUCCCGCCCGUUUUGAGCUCGAUAUGUCCGCCGCGCCCCUCUUCCCGCGCCCUCUUCCCGCGCCCCUCUCCCCGCGUCCUCUUCCUGCGCCCUCUACCCGCGCUCUCUCGCGCCACCCACGCUCGCUUCCGCGGCUGCAUCGCGCCGACGGAAGAGGAAUUCGCGGCGAGCCACGUGGAAGGCGCUGUGAACGUCGCAGUGAUGACUGGCGAUCCCCAUAAAGGCGCCAGCGAGAAGCGCAGUGACUUUCUGGAUGAUGUCAAGAGCAAGUUCCAGCCCGACACGCCCCUUGUCGUGUCGUGCUGGGCGGGACGGAGGGCCGCUGUUGCAGCAGAGGAAUUGGUGGAAGCGGGGUUCACAAAGGUGGUCAGCUUGGAGGGUGGACUCAAGGCAUGGAAGGGCGAGGGAUACCCCCUUGUGGAGUGA